AUGGUAGUGGAAAGAAUUGUAGACAGAAGAAGUAAUUUACGACUAUUCAAUUUUUAUGAUCCAUAUCACGAAGAGAAAAUGUUUUCAUUCUCUUCUGAUAAGCAACCAAAACAGUUGCAUACAAGAGAACAGAUGAUAAUGUUCCAUUCUCCAGUAAUCGAAUCAUUUUUCGGUGCUGGAUUUAGAAAAAUGUCAAUUAUUCGUCACCCUUAUUACUGUCAACUGCUUCUACAACUGGUUCAUGGAACUCAAUUACAACUGAGUUACACUGCAAUAGGCAGACUUCUACCUAUUGCAAAUCGUUACAAAGUAUACUCCGUGGUUCGGAAAUGUGAAUUCCGACUUCUUUGCUUGAUGAAAAAUGACGCGUCUUCAGAAACUCUUCAAGAAUAUUUCAAUCUUGCAUUAAGGUACAACUUGAAAACGCUAUGGAAUGUCUUGUUGAAACGUGUGACAUCUCUGAAAGAGUUGAAGGUCUACACGAGUCAAAUGAAUGUUGGAACGAUGCCAGGAGAAGCGAUGAAAAAAGUAGCACAACGCAUUUUUUCGUUUGGCUAA